GCGCUUUGCUAGAAGCACGAAAACUGAGAGAUCUUAGGGAAAGAAAAGAUUAUCGCUCUUUCUGAUGCAGCAACGAGGGAGAACUAACAACCGUAGAUGCAGGAGUUUUUCUAGAUCUCGUCUCGCCAUUGAGGGUUGCUAGUCUCCAAUAGUCGUGUUCUCUUGUCUUGACCGAAAUUUUUGAAAACAAAUUAUUCAAAAAGGAAAAAAAAAAACCUUAUAUCUUUCUUUGAAAUGGCGGCUCAAGGGGAAUGCGGAGAACGCGAGUUUCAGAAGAACUACUGGAUUGAACACUCCGCGGAUUUGACCGUGGAGGCUAUGAUGCUCGACUCCAAAGCCGCUGAUCUUGACAAAGAAGAGCGUCCUGAAGUGCUCUCUCUACUUCCAUCAUAUGAAGGAAAAUCGGUUUUGGAGCUUGGAGCUGGAAUUGGUAGAUUUACUGGUGAGUUAGCUAAGAAGGCUGGUCAGCUUAUUGCUGUGGACUUCAUCGACAAUGUAAUCAAGAAGAAUGAGGAAGUGAAUGGGCAUCAUAAGAAUGUCAAAUUCAUGUGCGCUGAUGUGACAUCACCAGACUUGAAAUUCUCUGAUGAAUCCAUGGACUUGAUAUUCUCAAAUUGGCUGCUUAUGUACCUUUCAGAUAAUGAGGUGGAAAAAGUGGCAGAAAGGAUGGUUAAAUGGUUAAAGGUUGGCGGCUACAUUUUCUUCAGGGAGUCUUGUUUUCAUCAAUCUGGAGACAGCAAGCGAAAGCACAACCCAACCCAUUAUCGUGAACCCAGAUCUUACACAAAGGUGUUUAAAGAGUGCCAUAUAGCUGAUGGUUCAGGAAACUCCUUUGAACUCACAUUGGUUGGCUGCAAAUGCAUUGGAGCUUAUGUGAGAAACAAAAAGAACCAAAAUCAGAUUUGCUGGAUUUGGCAAAAAGUAAGCUCACAGAAUGACAGGGGUUUCCAGCAGUUCUUAGAUAAUGUUCAAUAUAAAUUGAGUGGAAUUCUUCGUUACGAGCGUGUCUUUGGACAAGGUUUUGUGAGCACAGGAGGAAUUGAAACAACUAAAGAAUUUGUGGCAAAGCUGGAUCUCAAGCCUGGCCAGAAAGUUCUAGAUGUUGGCUGUGGCAUUGGAGGAGGUGACUUUUACAUGGCUGAUAAGUUUGAUGUUGAUGUUGUUGGAAUUGAUCUGUCCGUGAAUAUGAUUUCUUUUGCUAUUGAACGAGCCAUUGGACUCAAAUACUCAGUUGAAUUUGAAGUAGCUGACUGCACUAAGAAAGAAUAUCCUGACAACACAUUUGAUGUAAUCUACAGCCGUGACACAAUUCUACACAUUCAAGAUAAACCGGCAUUGUUCAGAUCUUUCUUCAAAUGGUUGAAGCCUGGAGGCAAGGUUCUCAUCACUGAUUAUUGCAAAAGUUCUGGAACUCCAUCAUCAGAAUUUUCAAAGUAUAUCGAGCAGAGAGGAUAUGAUCUCCAUGAUGUAAAAGCAUAUGGCCAGAUGCUUUGGGAUGCUGGUUUUGUGGACGUCAUUGCAGAGGACCGUACUGAUCAGUUCAUAAAAGUUCUGCAGCAGGAACUUGAUGCAGUUGAGAAGGGGAAGGAUGCAUUCAUCCAUGACUUUACCCAGGAAGAUUACGAUGAAAUAGUUGGAGGAUGGAAGGCAAAAGUGAUUAGGAGUUCAUGUGGUGAGCAGAGAUGGGGCCUUUUCAUUGCCAAGAAAAAUUGAUUUCUAGUUGUGUUUACGUGUGCUUUAUGGGCUUUGAUUUGUUUUUUAUUAUGGUUUCAAUUUGGUGGUGACUCUGUUUCUAGUGUCGUGACUUGUGAACUGUAGUAUUGUCCUUUGUUUGUUAUUUUAUUGUCUUCGUGAUUUUUGAACUAGAGUAUUAUUGUCUUAAUAAAAGUGUGGUGGAUCGUGUUUCAACUUCAA